UCCACUUUACAAAGAGAUUAAGAGAAAUAAUGUAUUGGAUGUGAAAUAAAGUUUUAUUAAAUUUGAACGCGGUUAAAACUCGUUGGAAUUUAAACUCGACAGACACUUACGGUAGUCUGUUGUAAAAAUAAAGACGGUGUUUUAUGUUUAUUGUAAAAAUUCCUGAGAACCAGUGCAGAGAUUUAUUGUGUAAACAACGCAUGGUCAAUAGUAGGAAAUAAGCCAGGAUCAAUAUUCAUAAAUAAUUUGACUUUGUGUGUCAUAUUUUCUACAUGAUUAGAUGAUAUUAAAAGUUUGAGAACAAGUUGAGAAUAGUUAAAUGUCCAUAACGGAGAAAAUGGGCUUAAUUCUCAUUUAAAACAAUGACUGAUAGAAGGAGACAUUCUGUUGCUGAGAUUGUCCCACCAACACCCCAUAGUAAAGACAAGAAAAAAUGGUCUUUUGAUGCAUUCAGUCCAUUACAUCUUGGAUUUACAUUGCCAUCAAAAUGGAAGAGGAAAUCAUCUGCUGAUGGAAUAGAUCCACGUUUGAGAAAACAUGCAGAUGACCACGAUCUUCUGGUUAAACCAUCUUUAGGACAUAGAUCCAAAAGACGUGCUUCAGUGGCUGUUAUUGCCACAGAGACUACUUGUACACUUGAAAAAAGUAGCCAUCACCAUGGCAGCUUUUUGUCACUAUGGAAAAGAAGGUCAUCCAUUCAAGUUGAACAGACAGUCACUGUUGAACAGAAAAGUUCUCCUGAGGAGGAAAGACCGAGAUCUGAGGUACCCAGGAGACGAGCCUCCAUUGCAGUGCCACAUCUUAAUAUUCCUGAACACAAAAUCAUAUUCAAAUCUCCUAAAUCCAAGUCAAAGAAACACAGUAAAGAAUAUUUCCUGGCUGUAGUUAACCUCACCAAUGGUGAUAUAAGAUGGUUGAGUGGUGAGGAUGGAAUUGGGAUAGCAGAAUUAUUGACUCAGGCCACCAUGGACCAGAGAAUCAAUAGCUAUCGUCUGAUUAUGGCCUCUACUAGGGCCAUUUUGGACUCGGACGGUAGCUCUGGAUCGCCAUGUGUGGAUCCUGAUUUAGAUGACGUGUUUGAAGAGCUUGGUUUACAGAAUGACCAAGAAGAAGAAGAAGACGAUCCACGUUAUGAUGUGGUAAAUGAUUUACAGAAAACUGAGCGGGAAUAUUGUCGUCUGCUGAGAAGUAUACUGAAUACAUAUGGAGAACCACUGAGGAAAUUUUCAUCCUUAACAGCAGAGGAUCACAAAGUAUUAUUUGUUGGUAUAGAACCUAUACUCUCCAUCAGUGCCAUGUUAACUUCUAAAUUUGAAGAUGUAUUAAAGACCUGGGACAGUUCUGCUUCACAGAUAGGGAAUCUUUUUUCUAGUAAAUUUUGGAAUCUGUAUGAAGAUUAUCUGAAGAACUAUUCUAAAGCAAGGAAAUUACUGGAAGACAGAUGUACAGAAGAUCAAUCGUUUCUAGAAUUUUGUAAUCUUCGUAAAGGGCAGACAACUUAUAAAUUACAAACAUUGUUACAUCUACCUGUUCAGAGGAUACCUGAGUAUGACAAGUACUUAAAUGAUCUUCUCGAUGAUACGGAUCCAAACCAUCAGGACUAUGAGGAACUCAAUAGAGCUACCUCUCGAGUCAAAAAUAUGGUAAAGGAGCAUGAGGAUGAACUUGGAACAUCAGAGAAUCAAACAAAAAUGGACAGUAUUCAGUUACGAUUCCCAAAUGAUGACUUACAACUUGAUGAUAAACAGCAGAAACGAACUUCUUCAGCGAAAAGAAGAAAGUCAGCACCAGGAGCUAUUCUACUUAAAAGUAUUGGCAAAUCUAAAAGUUCCAGUAAUUUGUGGGCUAGUGCAAGCAUGGGAAAAAAAGAAACAGAUUUGGCGAGUCCUGCAUCCAGACUCCCAAAUCAAGAAAAUCGUCAGUUUGUGAUGGAAGGUCAAGUACAGUUUGCUACAGGUGUACAGAUACAAGAUAGAUAUAUGUUCCUAUUUAAUGACCUUUUACUGGUAGCUAAACAAAAAACAUCAACAACAUUUAAGUUGAAGCAGAGAGUAAGAGUCUGUGAAAUCUGGUUAUCGGAAUGCAUAAAUGAUGUUACAGAAUUGACAAGGUCAACAGAGCUGUCGUUUGUUAUGGGAUGGCCUUUGUGUAAUUGUGUUGCCACAUUCAAAACACUUGAUCUGAAACAGCAAUGGCUGACCAAACUAACUGAACAAAUUGAAAAUGAAAGAAUGAAAGAACAACCCAGGGUGAUCAAGUUAAAAGUUGUCAGUAGAGAAAUAAGUGAGCCAUGCAUGGUUGAUGUUGAUACUAAUAUGGAUGCUCAAAAAGUCCUUAAGGAAUGCAUGGCCCAGUCCCAUUUAUCUGAUUCAGAUCCCAAAGAUUACCAGAUGUGGGUGAGAUAUGGCAAAGAGGACAGUCCCUAUCCACUUAUAGGUCAUGAAUUACCAUACAGUAUUAAAAUGAGUCAGUUGAGAGAUAGCUACCAGUCAAAAAAUGGAGAUGUUUCCCUGCCAUCAAACGGAGAAAUUCUUGACCUGAAUUCUGCAGGAAGCAAUGUUGAAUAUAUUUUAAAGCACAGGAAGUCCACAAAAAAGCCAAAUUUAGAUGAAAACUCCUCAGGAAAGAGUAUGAAGAAACCAAGACGUUCACCGUUUAGUAUUUUUCGUCGUGGUAAAGAUGACAAAAAUAAUAACUCUUCUCCAACUGGAAAACUUUUUGGAAGACCUUUGGAUGACUUGGUCAUAGAUGGAGGCCUCCCUAAAGCUGUUAUGUGCCUGCUCAGGAUAAUGUAUCGUGAUGGUCCAUACACAAAAGGAAUAUUAAGGAAAUCAGCAAACUCAGUGAAAUGUAAGGAAAUCCAUGAAAAACUGGACGAAGGAGAAGAAUGUUUAGAUGAUAAUAUUCAGACACUAGUUGUUGGUGCAGUUCUCAAGGAUUAUUUAAGGAAUCUACCUCGUUGUCUGUUAUUGGAGGACCAUUACAAUGAAUGGGUAGCGCUAAGUGAGCAGGAUGAUAGUUCAGCAAAAAUGAAUAAAGUUAAACAAUUGCUGUUUAAGUUGCCACCUUCACACUUUGACCUCCUGCGGCAUUUGAUCUGUGUAUUACACCAUGUUCAGGAAAAGCACAGUGAAAAUAUGAUGACCUCAUAUAACUUAGCAGUGUGUAUCACACCUAGUAUAUUAUGGUCCAAGGAGCAAAUCAAAGACCCAAUGGCCACCCAAUCACCACAUAAGGCAAUUAUGUACCUGAUUGAUAAUUGUGGUUCCAUUUUUGGCGUGGAAACACUAAGUCUGUUUGGGGAUGAACAGAAAAUCAGACAAGACUCAAGUACAGAUUCGGAUAGUGUACAUAGCUAUCUCAGUACUCAAGAUUCUGGAAGUGGAAUGCGUGCAGAUAAUUAUUCUAUGGAUAGUUUAGAACAUGAUCUAUAUGGAGAAUUUGAUUCAAGUCCUAAUCUUGUCAAAAGUCAUUUAUCGCCUUCAAAUCUAAGCCGAGAUUCAGGACUUACCCUAAGUGAUGCUCAGUUAUAUGAUGACGAUGGUAGCAUGGAGAAUUUAACAGACAGAAAAAAUUAUAAUAGGAGUAUAUCGCAGUAUAUGGAUCGUGAUUCAGACAAAUCAAAACAUUCAGAAAAUGUGAGUCGUAGCUAUGACACUGCUUAUGAAAAUCCAAAACCUCCUCCCAGGAAAAAUAAAAAGCGUGAAUACUCAAAUGAAAAGGACCAAGUGGCCAAAGGUGUUAAAAAUACAAUGCACCAAAGUUAUAGUGCUGAAGGCUAUCAAAAAUUCAAACGAAACUCAGCGGAGUCUUUACAGUCGUUAGAAGAUCAUGAGGAUCAACGGGUAACUCCAUAUGAAUUUUUACGUCAAUCAGACUAUGGAACAUUAAUCAAAUCAUCAAGUGGUGCUCAUUUAUUUCUAGAUGAAAACAAUAGGGAAUCAAGCAAUAAUAACUUACGCUAUGUAUCAGAGAUUGAAAUUCAAACUCAACGCUCUCCACAAGGAGGAAAUGGGAAAUUGAUACGACAAGCUUCAGUUACUGAAAGUAAUCCUCCUAAGUCACCUCAAUCUAGACUGUCAUGUGGAAGUUCUUUUGAUAGUGGAAUUCCCCACUCAUUAUCCUGUUCUUCAUUCAUGCAAGGACAAAUGUCACAUGAAAGUGAUUCACAUUAUUCAGAAUGUAGCUCAAGUAGUGAUCGAUUACGACAGAGUCAAGACGAUAAUUCAUUGAACAGUCAGUAUUCUAGUGCUAGGAGGACAAGCCCCUCUAAAAAAUAUGUUAACUCUUUAAUAUCCCCACCUAUUUCACCGAAAAAUUCCCGUAAAGUGUUCAAUUCAAACUCUAAAGAAGGUGUUUCAGUGAGAAGGUCAUUUCCUUUGGAACUUUCCAAUCCGACUAAAGGAUCUGGCUCCAAUAGUUACAAGGAAGCCGAGGACAUUAUCAAGCCAAGAUUUGAGCUUUCUACUUAUGAAUUUAAGGAACACAAAGAAAAUGAUCAUAUGUCCCCCAUUUUACAAACAAAAUAUGGUUCUAGUGCUUCUGCUAAUGAUGUUAGACAAAAUUUGCCUUUAAAGGCUUUCACAAAAUAUGGACUAGGAACGUCACCGCCACCUGGUGUUGUAUUAAAAUUACACCAGAAACAGCAAAAACGUGACAAUACACCAAUGCGUGCAAGUCAUGACAGUGCCAUUAUUUCACAAGUACGUAGAAAUAGCACAGAUAGUUCAGGUAGUGAUCAAAAGAGGGAACAUGAAUUUCAUCAUUCAGAACUUAAUAUUGGAAAGUUAAGCACACCUCCAUACCCUCUUGUGAAAAGUGACAGUGAUAGUGAUAUCAAUAGGACUUUGUCAAACUCACCAAACCGACCAGACAGGCCUCCAUCUUAUGAUGAGGCUUGUCAGAGAACUUUUAUGAUUAAACAUGGAAUUCCAUUAGAGAUUUCUGAACAAGAUAGCCAGAAACAAAAAGAAGCAAGUUUACUUGCAAAGCAAUUGUAUGAAGAAUCCCUACGCAAAUAUAUGGAGGAGCAUUUAAAUAGCCCAAGUGUUCAAAAUAUUGAUCGCAAGGAAGUUUCAAGAAAGGAGGAGGUAAUUAUAGAACAGGAGGAGUGUGACAGUGAUUCCUCUGAGGGUAUUGAAGAGGAAAAUACAAUGAUGAAGAAAGACCCAAAGAAAAUUUUCGAGGAAUCUUUGAAAGCUUAUGAGCAAAUUAAAAGUAGUUCACUAGAUACUUCUUCAGCCAAAAAAUCAUUGAUUCCAGAUAGUAGCCUUUUAUCCCCUGUUCACUUACAUCGUAGUGCAAGUGAUUCAUCAGACAAAGCUGGAAUACAUAGCAGGAGGAGUCCUACUCGGGAAAAAUCUCCUCUAGCUACUGACAGGAGGAUACAUGAAGUUAGUCGAAAUUCUUCACCAAAUGCUCAGUUGAACUACUCAUCUUCUAGUGUAUCCAAUAGCUCCUCAGAUACUGUCACAGAAAGUCAACAAAUUCCACCAUAUCGACGUGAUCGAUCCGAUUCAAGUCCUGUAACUAGUCGUCACUAUUUUCCUAAAACUUCAGACAAUUUUGCUCAAAAUCGUAGUGCUCAAACCCAACAACGAAGCUCAACUGAACAAAUUCAAAGUAGGGAAUCAUCAGUGGAGACUAGAUACUCAUACAAAUCUAGAGACUUCUCACGUUCUCAGGACCGUACAAAUUUAUACUCUAGGGAUGUGGAACAAAAAGAAACAAGUGUGAUAAGAGACCCUGCUAAACCACGAUUUUUCACAGGUGCUAGAGAAAGUAAUAAAAGUCAGGAACAAUCUUCUAGUAAAACUGUAGGUGCUAAUGUUACAACUAAAGUUGAAUCUAAAAAUUCAAUUGUAUGGAAAUCAAAACGAGACCCGGUAACUACUCCAAAGAGAGACUCUUCUGCAGAUUUACCGUGGAGUGUUAAAAACUUACGAUCUGUGUUUGUAAACUCGAACAGUUCAGGACAGUCAUCAGUCAGCAGUUCAAGUGAAUCGCGACCUCCACCUCCUCCUUACCAACCUCCUCCUCCGUUUCGUCGUGACAAUGCUCGAAUGAGUUCCUCAAGUAAUAGUAGUUGUAGUAGUUCUAAUACAGACAAUAGUGCAAACAUUCCACAGACAAAAUCAUCUCUGUCACAUAGACGUUUAGGUGGGCCACAAGCCCACGACAGUUUCAGUGAUGAUUCUGAUACUUCUAGUCGUAGCUCAGGACUUCGUAGAAAUUCUACUAACGUUUCAUCAGAUCAUGAAUCAUGGACAUAUCUUGAUACGGAAGUGACGUUUGUGUAAUGCCUGUGAUACAUGUAUUUGUGUUUUUCUAUCAUGCCAUUAAUAUUCAUAAACAUUUUUGUAUGUUCCUCUUGGUACAUGUAUUCUAUGUGUUAAAACAAAAUACAUAUUAAUAUUGGGAAAUUUUACUGACUAGAUAUAUCAAUGAGAUAUUUGAAAAAUAAAAAGUUCUUAAAGAAUAUUUUUGUUAUAAAAGUACACCAAUUUCAAGAUUAAACAAUAGGGGGAUGUAAUGAUUUUUUGGUUAAAGGGAAGUAAUGCAGUAAUUGUUUAUACUGAGAAUGUUAUUGGCAAUACCUCAGAUUUUACCUCAUAUAAAUGGUUGAUAUACUCUUUAAAAUGUUUGUAUAUCUAUUUUAUGUAUAAAUACAGAAUAAUACUCAAAUUGUACAUUUGUAAUUUGUAUAUAUGUAUAUCUGUGAAAUUGUGGCAUACUGUACAGUAUCAACGUGUACAGUGCUCUGUUUGUUAUUUUGUACAUUUUUAAGUCCAAAUCUUGUAAAGUCUUCACCUCUCCUCUCUCAAAUAGAAUUUUAAAGUGUAUUGUAAAUAGGUGAAUAAAUUAAUCAAAUCUUGCCCAAAUUGUAUUUGGUAGUAAUUAAGGAAGGGAUGCCAUAUUUUAACAGUAGUAUAAUUUGUAGCAUUUCUUAUAUUCCAAGUGCCAAGUAUACAAGGUGGACAAAUAACAAUUUAUUAUACACAGACAGUAUAGAUAAAAAAGUAUGGCAUGUUUAUAUUUAAUUGUGAAAGUGCUAUUAUUUAUUUAUAUUUUUAUCACAAAACAUGCACUGACUAAGAAAUUUCAAAAUCUGUCAACAUGGUUGUCAUGGAGAUUUUUCUGAAUAGCAACAUUUUUAUAUACACAUAUUAAUGUCCUUACUAUAUAAAUUUAUACAAAGGAAAUUUUUUAUUGAACUUCAAUAGUAUUUUUAUAUGUUACCUAUUUAGCAAAUAAUGGACAAUGUACACAAUUCUAUUUUCUAUGAUUUACUAUGCAAUUAUAAAGAUGCAAUGGUUUUAUAUGUGAUGAUAUCUGUUACUGUAAAGUGUACAUUUUAUUUGUUAUUUUUGAUACACUGAACAUUUUGUAUCAAAAUGUCAUCAUGAAAACCAUAACUUGAUCAAAAUAAAAAAAUAAUAUGAAAAGA